UUAAAAAAAACCACUUGCGCGGCCGGAGUCCAGAGGAAGACCGGCGAUCGGCAUUACCAGUCGUGUUGGCUUUUGGACAGCGAGGCAGAACCUCAUGGUGAAGCACGAAUCUCGAAAUCCGUUAUGAUAUUUCUCUGGGAUUAGUUUUCUCAGAGAACAACGAUGGCGGGGAAGCACUUCCCUUCGGGGAACCCUCGAUCCUCGCACUCCCCUUCCUCUCCCUCGUUCCUCGUCGCCACCCUCUCCCUCCUCGUGCUCGCCUCCAUCUUCUUCUUCUACGCCUUCUCAUCCUAUCGUUGCCCCGCCUCCGUCGCCCGGGAAAAGCCUAACCUUAACCCUAAUUCUAAUGCCGCCGCGCCGGAGUACUCCUUCGUCGCCUCUCUCGAGAAGUUCCUCACCUCCCGGCGCCCUGUCUCCGCCGGAUCUUCCUCCGCCGCGGCCGACGCGGGCGGAGCCGCGGUAAAAGCGCUCGAUGACAAGAUCUGGGGGAAGGAAACAGGAAGGCUUUAUGGGGAUCCGGCGGAUCCGUGGUCGGGGCUGUCGGUGGUUAGGGUUUAUGUGUACGAGAUGCCGGCCAAGUUCACCUACGAUCUUCUCUGGCUCUUCAGGAAUACCUAUAAGGAGACGACGAAUUUGACGUCCAACGGAAGCCCCGUUCAUCGCCUCAUCGAACAGCAUUCCAUUGAUUACUGGCUGUGGGCAGAUUUGAUUACUCCAGAAUCAGAGAGGCUCUUGAAGAAUGUCAUAAGGGUUCACCAGCAAGAGGAGGCAGACCUGUUCUACAUCCCAUUUUUCUCAACGAUUAGCUUCUUCUUGCUGGAUAAACAACAAUGCAAGGCACUAUACAGGGAGGCUUUAAAGUGGGUUAUGGAUCAGCCAGCCUGGCAACGUUCUGAAGGAAGGGAUCAUAUUCUUCCUGUUCAUCACCCCUGGUCAUUUAAGUCAGUUCGCAGAUUCAUGAAAAAAGCAAUAUGGCUUCUACCUGAUAUGGAUUCUACUGGAAACUGGUACAAGCCUGGGCAAGUCUGGCUGGAAAAAGAUCUUAUCCUUCCAUAUGUUCCCAAUGUUGAUUUUUGCGAUGCAAAGUGUUUAGCAGAGAAUCAAUCAAAAAGAAGCACAUUGCUCUUCUUUCGAGGAAGACUUAAAAGAAAUGCUGGAGGAAAAAUCCGUUCUAAACUUGUGGAAGUGUUACAUGAUACUGAGGGUGUUGUUAUCGAAGAGGGAAGUUCGGGGGAAGCUGGGAAAGCAGCAGCUCAGAACGGGAUGCGCAAAUCUCUCUUUUGCUUGAGCCCAGCUGGUGAUACCCCAUCUUCUGCUAGGGUAUUUGAUGCAAUUGUGAGUGGGUGUAUCCCUGUUAUAAUUAGCGAUGAAUUGGAGCUUCCUUUUGAAGGAAUACUUGAUUACCGGAAGAUAGCAUUAUUUGUUUCUUCAAGUGAUGCUGUGCAACCUGGGUGGCUUGUACAUUUCCUAAAGGGUAUUGAUUCCAAAAGAAUUAGAGAAAUGCAAUUUAAUCUUCCCAAGUACUCAAGGCAUUUCUUAUAUUCAAGUCCAGCUCAGCCUCUUGGACCAGAGGACUUAACAUGGAGAAUGAUAGCUGGUAAAUUGGUGAACAUCAAGUUGCAUACACGGCGGUCGCAGCGAUUGGUGCAAGGAUCUAGGAGCUUGUGCACUUGCGAAUGCAGGCCUGGCAACAUCACAAGAGUACCCUAAUUGCACGAUCUAUCAGUAUUCUAUGUUUUGCACAUUGGACUUUGUUGUUCUUGCAGAUGAUGAUGCAAGGAGUGAAGACAAACUAAAAUAACUAUUUUAGCUUCAUGCUUGCAACAUAAAAAAUAUGCCUGUGUAACAUUUGCAUUUGUAAUUCUGUUCUUUGAAGCAUUCCUCCAAAUGUUUGAUGAGUAUAACAAUGAUACUAGAAGACCAGCAAUGCUAGAUGGCCUCAUUCCACUUUGAGGUUUUGUUUUAAAAUUUGA